AUGGUGGAACAAGAUACUUCCAAUUAUUUCUCCCCUAUUCGCCCAAGACGUAGGUGGACUCCAAGCGAAACUGCAGAUCUAAUUGACGGAUGCUAUACUCAUGGUGUUGGUGAUUGGGCCAAAAUUCUUCAUGACCCGAAAUACAAUUUCCAGGAUAGAAGGCCAGUGGAUUUGAAGGACAAGCAAGAAUACGCACGGCUAUAUAACAGACAGCCGCGUUCGGAAUCAAGGUACUCGCCGUACGCAAACCCACCACCAUUUACGCUGUGCAAGCCGAACAGGAAGAAACACGCGUUUACGGCAGAAGAAGAUACUAAGCUGUUGCGUGGAAUUGAAACAUACGGCCGAUUUUGGUCGAAAAUAAUUAAGGACGAAAGCCUUGGACUGGCACAUAGAAGUGCCAGUGAUCUUAAGGAUCGUUGUAGAACUGCGUUCCCUGAGAAAUAUAAGUAUUUCGGCUUCAAGGAACGGAAUUCUAUGCCUCAGAGCCCUAGUUCUUCGUCGUCUUUAAGAGCUUCAUCUAUACAACGUAAUACUCCACAGCGGAUAUAA